AUUUUUAAUGUAAAUCUUUGAAGAUUUGAUAGCAAUCGCAUGCAUGCAUAUGUUCGAUGAUAAUGGGUGGUGCAUUAAUUCCAUACAUGACAUUAGAAGACCCCAAAAGCAUGCAGUGUUGAUUGGUUAAAAUAUUAAAAUCAUCUUUGAUAUAUAUUUUUUUUGUUUGCUCGUUUGAUGUGAUUGGCUAAUAUAUAAUUAAGAAUUAAAGCAAAGACUAAAGUGGAAGGCAGAUGGACGAUGGUGGUGAUGAUGAUGCUUACCUACCAUCGUGAAAGAGAAAGCAACAUGUAUACAUCGUGUUUUUUUUUUAAAAAAAUCAUAUUAAAUUUCCUUACGCUUAUAAUAUUCAUAUAAUUUAAUUUCCUUUUGUAAUCGACUGUGCAUUUUCCGAAAUCUAUAACGUUAUAGUGAUAUAUACACACACACACAAAUAUUAACUAAAACGAUUAUAAUAAAGGCGUUUCGUAUAUAUUUUCCCCAUAAAAUACGCACAUGCAGACAGACUUAAGGCCCAAGGCGGUUUCUUCUUCGACCUGAACUUAGGAGCUCUUCUCUUCUCUGUCUUUUCUUCAUCAUCAUCAUCAUCAUCAUCAUCAUCAUCAUCAUCAUCAUCGACAUGGCAUACGGCGGCAGAAGAUCAGGACCGUCCAUCUUGGACUCGUUCUCGCUGUCACCACUCCCGUACCAUGUACUCGUGAUCCUGGCAGUAGCUUCGGUCUUCCUAUUGGCUUCAUGGUACUUCAGCUUCGAAGAGGCGGUGGAAGCGGCGGGAGAGCAGAUGAACCUCCUCCUUCUGGCGAUCCCUCUCGUCCUGAUCGUGUUGGUACGGUGGCUUUCCACGGCGGAGAAUCCCGACUUCUCCUUCUUCGGCUCGAUGUCUCACCGGAGAAUCGACGGAGACGGAGGAAGUUCGCCGUGGGGCGUGGCGGCGCUGAUCGUGCUGCUGCUGGUUCUGCUUCAGUAUCAGUCCUCUUUCUUGGACAAGUGGUUCUUCUGAUGCUUCUUUUGUCCCCUCUCUCUUCUGUAAAUUAUAACCAUCUUUUUGGUUGGAAAAAAAGAACAUUGCUUUUUUGCGUUUGGUAAACUUUGUGUGAAAUUAUUUCUAUUAAGAAUUUUAAUGUC